AAACUAAACUCAAACCACCUUGUGGCGUCAUGCGACGCGUCUAUCCUCGCUCCACAAGGCACUUCGCGGUAUGAGGCCGUCGAUAUAAAGCCAGAUCAUGAGGAAUGGGAGGAUUAUAUCUUUGAACCACUGACGAAUACAUUAUGACGAGAAACGAAGUGAAAGACAAGAAUGGUGAGCCGAUCCACGAAGGCGAUAAAGUUGGCACGAAAUUCAGAGGAGGGCGGAGAGAGGGUUUGGUCGAGAAGAUCGUGACUUCCGACUCCCAAGAUACCUCCGACCUCCCAAUAGACGUCCAGAAUGCACCAAAGGUCGUCUUUAAGGACCAGCAUGGCCAUACCGUGUCGCACAACCCUGGCACGCUCACACACGCCAGCGAGUAAAUGAUCCGACCCAUUGAUCAAUGAAUGUCUGUAACAUACUUCGAGUGCCAUCUUCGUCUUGAUUAUAUGCUUUGUAUAAUACGC